GGGCGGGCGGGUGAUGCCGGCGGGAAUCCUGCCGCAGCUCGGGGCGACAGCGCGGCAGGGUCAGGCCCAGGGGAGCGGUUCGGCCUCGGCUCCCCUCUUCGCUGGCUCUGGCGUGGCGGUGUCACCCGCUGGGAGCCGAAGCCGCGGGGCUGGUGCCCGCCUGCCGAGGCCCUGGCUCGCGGCGUGGCUGUGGCAUGAAUGGGCAGGGAUGCUGCGGGGAGAGGCUGCGUGGGGGGCAGUGGGGCAAAGGCGAGGCCAGGGAGAAGCGGGAGAAUCCCCCGCGGUGGGAGCCGGGAUGAUGCCCGGGCUGCUGGGUCACAGCAGCUCCGGCCAUGAGGGUCCCACGUGGGGCUGGACACGGCCCCACCAUGUCCAAGGGCUGUGAAGCCCCUCGGAGGGGUAGUGGGGCUGUUGUCGCAGCAGGGUGCCGUGUCCCACUGUCCCCCAGAGCACAAGGGCCGAGAGCCGCUGGCCCUGCUGUGGGGACCGGGCAGGCAACGGGCAGGUGCCGCUCCAGGCGUUUGUCUUUGCAGAUCCCAAACGCUGCCGGUGCUGGUGGAAGAGUUUUGGGAGGGAGAUGAUGACAGGCUGAUGAAACCAAUCAAACAAUGAAGUAAUCAUAAAUCCCCGGUGCCGGCGGCAAAGGCAGGAGGAGCUGGAGGCUGGAGGAGCCGAGGUCCUAACGAAGCCAUCCCACUUGCCAGGAAAAAUCCUAGGAGGCCAAAGCACUGAAAGGCACUAAGGUCCUGCGUCGGGGGCCGAUGGACGGAUACUAAUGAGGGCAGCGAAAAUCCUGGUGGCAGCUCUGGGAGAGCCGUGUGGAGGGCACGGAGGAUGGCACAGAGCAGUGGCUCCCCAGGGAGCAGCUUCCACCCAUCCCUCGGGAGGACAGCAUGAGCUGUUGUUGGAGAGAGCCUGGGUGCUGCAUUAUCUGCUCUUCUCAAAUUUGCCUGCAAAACCUGAAUCGGGGACCAAAAGCUGAAGAAGGUUGUCACAGGCUGAUGGCUGGGAUGGGAGAUGGUUCCUGCUAUGGGGAAUGCUGCAGAUGGGUGUGAUGGGCCUGACCCUGCCCUGCACUGACAUCCCCACCGGGAGAGCAGCUCCCACUGACCUACCCCUUUCUGGGUGCUCAUUGGCUUUGCUGAAGCUGAUCCUGAUGCUGGGCAGUCUGCUCUGGUCUGGGCAAGGAACUGGUAUGAGAAACUCCAGAUAACUGGGAAUUCAGUGCCAUCACAUGGAGAAAUGUCCUGGACUGGGGGCGCUGGGGAGUCAUGGUUGCUGUGGGUGUUUCAGUGGAGCUUUGGUGCUGGUUCAGGCUCGUGGUGUCAGCAGCCCCUGAGUGUUUCCCAGUGCCUUCCCACCGCCGUGGAGCCAGCAGGACAUGGAGACAUGCCCCAUCCAUCCAUCCAUACAUCCAUCCAUCCAUCCCUCGCCUCCUUGUGGGCUGGCUGCUCCUCCUGGGUUGUGGGAUGCUGGCAGAGAGGCUGUUCCACCUCCCGGACACACUCGGCUUGUUGGGAUGGCCCUGGUGCAAAGGGGCUCUGUCCCCACAUGUGGUGUGCUGGUUUUGGUGGGACAGAGGAUGUCUGGAUGUGGUGGGUGCCUGUGGCUCUGAGCCCAGCGAGAUGUCUGUCCCCUCCCUGUGCCCGUGGAGCUGUUGUCCUCGUUCGGUGAAGGUGCCUUUGCCAGCCCUCCCUGGGUGCUGCUGCCCUGGGGAAGCGAUGUUAAUAACACCUUGUGCUGGUCCCAGCGGUGCAGAAGAGAUGAGAGGAUGUCCCUGGAAUGGGGUCAGGCAGGAGCAGAGGCAGUGGAGGCUGGAAGUGGAGUGGGGCACAGGGAGGCUGAGGCACCUCCUGCCCCAGUGAGGCAGCACGGGCAGCACUGGGAGCGGGGACGGCUUCCGCAGAGCCAAGCACCCACUUGGGAAUGACUUUGCUGGCUCAGCGGGUGGUUUGGAGAAAAUAGGGGAGGUUUUGGAGCCGGCCGGGGUGCGGAGGGAGUGAGCUCCAUGCGGACAGGUGCCCUGGCCUUCAGCCUUAGUGUUACCUGCUGAUAACUAAUGCCAAUUACACUGUAAUUAAUGCUGUAGUGAGUGUUGUAGCAGCAGGAGGGUUUGGGACUGGGGACACGGGGAAAUCAAAGCUCUGCAAAGUACCCGUGGUGUGGCCGGGGCACUUGCAGGGCAGAGCAGCUUGUGCCCGCGCCCGCCACCCUGCCGGGUAUUUCUCAUUUCUUCCUCCUCUAAGGAGAAAUCUGGGUCUUGCAGUGGCCCUGGCCCUGCCUCCUAUGGGUUUUCUCAUCAUUUUCCUGGUUCCUCGUCCCAGAGCAGCCCAUGGUGCGAGUCCUGGCGCUUCACCACGCUUCCAGCACACUGCCUGGCCACACAGAACCCUGCAUCAGCUCAGCCCAAACCCUUUGACACCACUCAAUAACUGGGUUCUUUUUCUGCCCUGUCGGUCUCUGAUGUGCCCAGAGAGGUUUGUUUUCCCCCUUUUCUCUUCCAAGCAGCUGCUGCUGCCUCCUCCACUGGGUGCCUGGGGCAGCUCUCCUGGGCGGCCUCUGCUCCUCUCAAUGAGCUCUUAAUGAGUUUGCAAUUACUUAUCGGCAGAGUCGAUGUGCCCAGGGCUAGUGAGCAGCGCAGCAGGAUGCGGAGCAGGGGGAAGCAUCCCCUUGCAGUGAGCAGCGUGGUGGUGCUGGCCCCGGUACCCAGCGGGGUGCCAGGCUCCACAUACGGGAUGCUGCUCUUGGGGUCUGCUCCGUGGUGUUGGGGUGGAGCCGAGGAGGUCUGGGGAGAGGAGCAGCAGCUGCCGGCGGGAGACGAGUGGCUGCCUAUAAAUACCUGCCAGGGAACAAGGAAGAAGUGGGUGGAUUAUCCUCCUCACUCAAUGAGAUAAAUGCUUCUGAAGCUUAAACACAGAACAAUUUUAGUCUGAAUAGUAGGAGAAACGGUUCAGGAUGCGGAGAUGAUGGCAUGAACUACCUGAGCGCAGCCAUGAGUGCGGGUUCGGUUGAGCAGGAGCCGUCGCGCAAGCUGGCCUGCUGCGGGGUGCCCCUCAUCACCGAGGACAUGCAGUCCCUGGCCAUCCGCACCCUCUCGGGCACCGACAUCAGCAAGCACUACGACCUCAUCCGCGAGCUCGGCAAGGGCACCUACGGCAAGGUAGACCUGGUGUCCCACAAAAGCACAGGCACCAAGAUGGCCCUGAAAUUCGUCAACAAGAGCAAGACGAAACUGAAGAACUUCCUGCGGGAGUUCAGCAUCACCAACACGCUCUCCUCCAGCCCCUUCAUCAUCAAGGUCUUCGAUGUGGUCUUCGAGACUGAGGACUGCUACGUGUUUGCUCAGGAGUAUGCCCCUGGCGGGGACCUCUUCGACAUCAUCCCGCCACAGGUGGGCCUCCCCGAGGAGCUGGUGAAGCGCUGCUUGCAGCAGCUGGGCCUGGCCCUUGACUACAUGCACAGCAAGAGCCUGGUGCAUCGGGACAUCAAGCCGGAGAACGUCCUGCUCUUCGACCGUGACUGCCGCCGCGUCAAACUGGCCGACUUCGGCAUGACCCGCAAGGUGGGCUGCCGGGUCAAGCGCAUCAGCGGCACCAUCCCCUACACGGCGCCCGAGGUGUGCCAGGCCGGGCGGGCAGAGGGCUUCGCUGUGGACACCAGCAUCGAUGUCUGGGCUUUUGGGGUGCUCAUCUUCUGCGUCCUCACUGGCAACUUCCCCUGGGAGGCGGCGGUGGCGUCGGACGCCUUCUUCGAGGAGUUUGUGCGGUGGCAGAAGGGGCGGCUGGCGGGGCUGCCCUCGCAGUGGCGGCGCUUCACGGACAGCGCCCUGCGCAUGUUCCAGCGCCUGCUGGCCCUUGACCCUGAGAAGCGCUGCCCCGUCAAGGAGGUCUUCUACUUCAUCAAGUGCGACCUGAUGGCUGAGGUGCGGUGCCGACCCUCGUACCGCUCCCGCAAGCACGCCAGGGACAAGCUCCCGGCCGGGCCACACUGCCACGAGGCAGCCGGGCCCUGCACCCCUGCCCCACUCAAGAGGACCGUGCUGACCGAGGGCAGCGGCCCCCGCGGCCCCGAGCCAAGCACGGCGUCCCCGGGCACGGCGAGCAGGACAGACGGGCGGCAGGACAAGGGCAAGGGGCAGAUGGUCCUGGCCACAGCAAUAGAGAUCUGUGUGUGAUGGCACCGGAGCGGCUCGCGGCACCCGCCUGUCCUGUCCUGUCCCCCCGCCACGGGGACGGGGAUGGGGGGUGCUGCUCGUGGUGGUGGCAUGAGCCGGGACCAGGCCCCGGGUCUCCCGAAGCAAAAAAAGAUACAGAAAACAAGAGGAAAAGGACAAAGCUGGUUGCGCUCUGCAGCGCUGAGGAUGCUGAUCCCCCAUGUCCUGCCCGGCGGCAGUGCGGCCAAGGGUACCGGUCACUGCCCGUGAGGACGUUGGUGCCCCGGCUCCUGCCCCCCACAAGCCUCCCCCAGGGUGGCCCAGGAGGGGUCCCCCAGUGUGGGGAGGAAGCACUGAAGGGGCUGCACGAGUGGGGGUCACUGCCCAGGGUGGGGGGCCCAGGGCAGCUGGUACCCACCGGCUCUCCCCACCCCAUGCUUGAGGGCAGGCCGAUGACACCGCAUAUGGAGGAGGCUUUGUCCCCUUCCACCAGCCCCUGCCCCACUGGUGAGGCCUGGGAAGUGAUGGGGGGCUGGUGAUGGGGAGCUGGGGGUCACCAGCUGCCUCCCUGCCGUGGGAGGUGCUGGCAGCCAUUGAUGUAGCAGUGUCCCUGUGUGUUGUUGUGUGUCCCAGCCGCCGGCAGCCCCCGGCCUGCCCUGCCCAGCCACUGGCAGCCCCAGGCCCCCACCGAGGGACCGGUCCCCUCGCAGCCAGGAGCUGAGCUCCGCGGUGCCAAUGUCCAGCAGGUUGGAUGCUCGGCCUGGGCGGCUCUGCCGUGGUGGCGUCCCCUUGUCCCCUCUGCAGACUUUUUGUACCCAGGGACUGGAAGAGGCGGUGGUGGCGCAUCUCCAGGCUGGUCUGCACAGCCCGGGGGCUUCGAGCGGGCUCCCGAAGGUCCACAGUUCCCUGUGUUGUCCCCAUCGCCCCUCCUUGCUGUCACCCCUUCCCCAAAGCCCCGUUACCCUCCCGUGGGGCUGGCGGGGGGGGCAGCAGCUGCGCAGGGUGGUGGUGGCAGGACCCGCUGGUGGCCCCUUAGGGACAAGGUCAUGGGGUGUGUGCGGGGGUCACAACUCCCCUUCUGGUUUGGGGGGCUCAGGGGGCACCCCAAGGCAGCAGCACCCAAGCCCUGGCAUGGUUCAGGCUUCCCUCCCAUCAUGGUGGGCGCCGUGGGGACCCCUCUGUUCCCUCGGGCGCCCCAAUUCCCGCACAAAGGGCUAUCCAGCUAUCCAGCAGCAGCAGCAGUUUACACAGCGGGCGGGCGCCCGGCUGGCCCCACCACCGCCGCUGCCCCUGUCCCCGCGGCCCCCGAGGGCCGGGUUAGAAGUAGCAUUGCCCCGAUGUAGAGACGCUAGGCGCGGACUUUCCUCCUUUUUGCCUUAGGUCCCUUGAUGUCCUCGAUCUUUUCGUGCAAUAAUGUAGACGCGGGGCCGCGGCCGCCCCAGGAGGGCUGGGCUGAGCCUCCCCGCGGGGCCCAGCUCUGGUUCCUGUUCCCAUCGAGGUCGCUGUGUCCGUAGGUUGUCGGGUUUUUAUUUCCAGUUCCCUCGGCUGUCGGGUUUCCGACCUUCUUCCCGUAGGAGAGGCUGUAGUGUCACAGACGUUACCUCAGUUUGUCACUGUUGAAAAGGAUUAAAAAACAAAACACAAACCACAA